CUCCAUCCCAAGCGCUAAAGAAGGUCACUUUCUCUUUAAAUGCAAAUUACCUCCUUCCUGCUCAGUUUCCACCCCUUCUGAUCCCUAGUAGGAGAGAGCUGAGGGCGGAGGAACCCUCACUGAAGCAUCACUCCGGACCCCAAAUCUCCAGGGUCUGAGACACAGCCAGCAUCAAUGGAGGACAAGAAGAAGAAAAGGAGUCCCAAGCCCUGCCUGACCCAGCCGGCUCCGGCCCCAGGAACACUCCGCAGGGUCCCUGUGCCCACCAGCCACAGUGGCUCUUUGGCCCUGGGCCUCCCUCAUUUGCCCUCCCCCAAGCAGCGGACCAAGUUUAAGAGGGUAGGAAAGGAGAAAUGCCGCCCAGUGCUGGCUGGAGGUGGGGGUGGCUCUGCAGGCACCCCCCUGCAGCACUCAUUCCUGACCGAGGUGACAGAUGUCUAUGAGAUGGAGGGGGGACUACUGAACCUGCUCAAUGAUUUCCACUCAGGCCGACUGCAGGCCUUCGACAUGUGCUGUCCAGGGAAGGAAUGCUCCUUUGAGCAGUUGGAGCACGUGCGGGAGAUGCAGGAGAAGCUGGCCCGGCUUCACUUCAGCCUGGACGUGUGUGGGGAGGAAGAAGAAGAGGAGGAGGAAGAGGAUGGGGUCACUGAGGGACUGCCUGAGGAGCAGAAGAAGACAAUGGCUGACCGCAACCUGGACCAGCUGCUUAGCAAUCUGGAAGAUCUUAGUAAUUCUAUGUAUCCUUUCCAGGGGACCUGACAGUGUGUAUGUGUGUAAUGGUACCCAGAGAAUUGAGUUUCCUCUUUCCCACCACCUUCCAGGAGUAUUUACAUAUAACCAACUUCCCCACCCCUUUCAGUCCUACUGAGUCAGAAUUAGCCAGAGAUUGCCCCCAGGAAAAGGAGUGCAGACAGAAUUUCCCAAAUAUUAGGAGAAAGCUGGUUGCAGGGAAUAUGUUUUACCUACCUAUCCAAAUCUUUGCAAGUAUCAUACUUUUGCUGACAGUAAUCCAUGGCAAAGUUUGUCUAAUAUCUUCCUACUCUUUCAGCACUCAACAGUUAUUUUCACUGAUUUAGAUUAUCUCCCCACCUAGUAGUCCUAGUCAGAAAGAGUGCAGGAGCACGCACCUGCAGGAUCUAGACCAAAGGAGAAGAGUGUUAACCACCUAGCAAGAAGGGUAGGCGAGGACUGCAACCUCAGACCGCGCACCACCCCAGAGUCCCUUGCGUAGCCCCUUUGCACAAUUGGAGAAACUAAGCCUGUGCAGGAUGGGAAGAUUGGGAUGGAAAGACUGGAGUCCAAAGAGCGCAUCACAAUCCUUGACUG